GUCACGAGUCCGGCCCGCUGGAGCUAAGCGAGGGGCCGGGGGGCGCGGAUCCUGAGAGCCAGGCGAGGGAAGCUGGGCCAAAAGAACUGAUCCGGGGAGCCGCGAGCGGCGGGAGCCGGCCUGGAGCCGGACACUUCAGGCCCCUGACCGCCCUCACAGCCGAUCGGUGAACGCAGAGUGGUCCCUAGGCACCCCCUGCCCGGGCCCAGUCCCUCCCCGGGCCCCCCAUGGCCCGGGCCGCAGUCCUCCCGCCGUCCAGAUUGUCACCGACGCUGCCGUGGUUGCCGCUGCUUCUGCUCCUGCUCCAGGAAACAGGAGCCCAAGAUGUGCGGGUCCGAGUGCUCCCAGAGGUUCGGGGCCGCCUGGGAGGCACCGUGGAGUUACCGUGCCACCUGCUCCCACCCACGUCGGAGCGCGUCUCUCAGGUGACGUGGCAGCGCCUGGAUGCUGCGGUCGUGGCCGCCUUCCACCCAUCCUUCGGCGUGGACUUCCCCAACCCUCAGUUCACCAAGGACCGUCUAUCCUUUGUCAGAGCGAAAGAGGACACAAACGCAGACCUGCGGGAUGCCACGCUGGCCUUCCGGGGACUGAGGGUGGAGGACGAGGGCAAUUAUACCUGCGAAUUUGCCACGUUCCCCAACGGCACCCGCAGGGGGGUGACCUGGCUCAGAGUCAUAGCCCAGCCUGAGAAUCAUGCUGAAGCCCAGGAGGUCACGUUUGGCCCUGAGUCCGUGCCUGUUGCCCGUUGUGUCUCCACGGGGGGCCGCCCACCUGCCCGGAUCACCUGGAUCUCACCCCUGGGUGGAGAGGCCAGAGAUACUCAGGAGCCGGGACCGUGGUCUGGCACCGUCACUGUCAUCAGCCGAUACUCCUUGGUGCCGGUGGGCCAAGCGGAUGGCAUCAAGGUCACGUGCAGAGUGGAACACGAGAGCUUCGAGGAGCCACACCUGCUGCCGGUGACCCUCUCCGUGCGCUAUCCUCCCGAAGUGUCCAUCUCUGGCUAUGAUGACAACUGGUACCUCGGCCGCAGUGAGGCCAUCCUGACCUGUAACGUACGCAGCAACCCGGAGCCCACAGGCUAUGACUGGAGCACGACCUCGGGCGUCUUCCCGGCCUCCGCAGUCGUCCAGGGUUCCCAGCUCCUUGUCCAUUCUGUGGAUCGAUUGGUCAACACCACCUUCAUCUGCACAGCCACCAAUGCUGUGGGGACGGGCCGUGCUGAGCAGCUCAUCCUGGUCCGAGACACCCCCCAGGCCUCUCGAGAUGUGGGUCCGCUGGUGUGGGGGGCCGUGGGGGGAACACUGCUGGUGCUACUUCUGGCUGGGGGGUUCCUGGCCUUCAUCCUGCUGAGGGGGAGGAGGAGGCGGAAGAGCCCUGGAGGCGGAAAUGAUGGCGACAGAGGAUCCUAUGAUCCAAAGACUCAGGUGUUUGGGAACGGGGGUCCUGUCUUCUGGAGGUCAGCAUCCCCCGAGCCCAUGAGGCCGGAUGGCAGGGAAGAGGAAGAGGAGGAGGAAGAAGAGGCGAAGGCAGAGGAAGGCCUCAUGCUACCUCCACACGAGUCACCUAAGGAUGACAUGGAAUCUCAUCUCGAUGGCUCCCUCAUUUCUCGGCGGGCAGUUUACGUGUGACCCCACGAUGUAGACACUGGACACAGAGAAGCCAAUUCCCACCCCCACUGCCAACCACACCAACGCCAGCCAGCAAGGGGAUGGCUAGGGACCGGUUGGACUGGUUCUUCUGGGGCACACUGGAGUUGGAAGGCCACCUCCCCCGUUUCUGAAUGGAGGACAAGUGGAGCCACACACACCAGACUAUCUCCAGGCCCUCACGAACCCCAAGAGCGCCAUGGUGCACACUCAGGACUCCUCAGAGCUUGCUUUCGGCCCCAGCCUGGCCCUGGCCCCGAAACACUCAGGAGCUAAUAAAUGCCUUGUCAGAAAAACUUGGGGGUGUUUUGUGAUACAUCAGACCCCUCUCUUUGUGCCCUGGGGAAUGAGUGGGUGGGACAGAGACCACUAAGUAUCGAGCCUUGGAAAGAAAAUUUGGUGGGGGCCCAGAUUGGAAGAUGUCACACCACGUGUGCCCAAGCUCCCCUGAAGCUGCUAGGACUUAGAAUGGUUUCCUGACUUAGAGGCUCUGAGACAUGAGUGUGGGGAAGGGGGCUUGAACUCGUGGAUCCCAGGACAGGUGGGUAAGCAAACUGACUUCAGAGCUGCAUUUCCUCAGGAAGAGAAAGGCUAGCUACCUUGAUCCUGAGUUCUAAUGAUGGGGGGUGGGGGUCCCACACAGGUCUCCUUUCUCUGUUGUGGAGGGUCCUAGGGAUAGGAAGCUGCUUCUCUCUGUAUUUGAGGACCUUGAGGCUAGAGACGUAGGUGCCAGGUGAUGGCAGUACCCAUAUGGUCCCACCUUGAUGUCCUCAAAGUGGCCUGUCCUGGGUGGCUGUCUCCCACUCUCCUAGCAAGAUUUGGUCCUGUGGGAGUUACCAGGAAUUCUGAGAGGCCUCACCACACUCACACCACAUACACAGCACAGAUAUACAACACACACACACACACACACACACAACAUACAUAUACAGACACACAUACUCCUCCAGCUAGCGAUCUGACUCCAAGGGUCACAAAGCAUCUGCCCCUGGGAGAAGGAGGUGAGCUUAUCCCCCCACGUCUGUGGCCUCUUGGGACACUAGGAUCAGAUGACACCUUUCGGGUGGGUGGAGUAGCCUGGAUACAUGCACUUCCUCAACCAGUAGUCAUAGAUCCCAGAAUGCCAAGCCUGUGUCCCCCAUGCUGGGGACACAAAAGUGGCCCAGAUCACAGAGCCCUGUCCUGUGGGAAUGUGGCCAGCCAGCCAGCAACAAUGACAGGAAGGACUGAGUGUUUGAGAUGGCCUUGUGUGGUGCACUCAAGCUAGUUCACCCCUAACCCCGCCCCAGCACACACACUGGAACCUUUGGAGGAUGCCCAGCAGGAGAGCGGAUGCGAACUGGAUCACUUCCUCUCCAAGUUUGGGAAGCACAUUAACUAACUACACCAGUGACACCUCUAGAGUUUUGCAUCCUUGUCUGUCCUGGGCGUUCAUUGGGGGCUUGGGGGGCACCAUGUUCUCCGUCACGGAGGGCAGGGCAGGCAAUCUGCUUGACUUCUGCUUGCACACAGAUCCCCUCUUCCCUGACAGCUACGUGUCCGGCCCAGGGCUACGGAUCUAGUGAGGAAACGGGCCCUUGCUCCAGGAACUCCGCUGUUAGCUAAGAGGAGCACCCUGAACAAUUGGGAAUGGGAAGUCGUGUGAGCUCUCCUGAUGGGCCAGAAAACACGCCGACGGGCCCGUAAUAAUGAGAGGCCCUGCCCCUGACACCACAGCCUCCACAUCCUUCCUGUCUCCUCUUCACUCAGUCCCAAUGCCACAGUCUCCUUGCUCUUCCUGUUUGUCUUUUGUUUUUUACGAGACAGUCUUCAAAUGCUCGCUGCCAAGGUUGGACUGGAACCUCUUCGUACUGCUUCUCCCUUGUGUGUGGAGGUUGUUUUGUUUGAGACAGUCUUGGCUAUGUGGCUCUGACUGUCCUGGAACUCACUAUUGUAGCCUAGACUGGAUUCAUACUCUCAGCAAUCCUCCUGCUUCAGCCUCUUGAGUGCUGGAAUUAUAGGUGCCCCUAAACUGUCACAACUGGCUCUCCUUGUUCCUUAAAAACAUCCCGAGGCUGUCCCAGGAUCUUUGCACUGGCUGUUUCUCUGCAGUACACCCAGAGGACUCAAAAUCCCCCUUCACAGAUAAGCCCUGUUUGCCUGGCUUUGGGGGUCCGGCAUUCUGUCACAUCCUUGUUCCCCUUCCCACUCUGUAGUGAGUCCAGUUCCAGCUUGACCUUAGAUGGCAUCUGCUCGUUUGCUAUUGGCCAAGGCCAGCCUGGGCUACCCUAAGAGCAUGAGGAUGGGGGCUUUGUGCAUUUAGUUCACUUGCAGAUCUCUUCCCUUCGACACAGAUCAGAUGUUCCUGAAUUAGGAGCGCAGGCGCAGUUGGUUGAGUGGACAGGCAGAGGAUGUGCUCAGAAACAGAGCGCUUGCCUAGCAUGCUUGAGGCCCUGCAUUUAGUUUCCUGUAUAGCCAAAGGAAACAAGGAAAGAAGGCAGAAGCGUGGGUUCAGCCUGGGCUACACAGAGAGUUCCAGCCAGCCUAGGCUACACAGAGAGACUCUGUCUCUAAACAAUCA